AUCGUGAAAUAAACGAUACAAUCAUCGUUACAUAUAUGUUGGAAUAUUAUUAUUUAUUUUAUGCAGAUGAUUUUGCUAAUUUGCUAAAGACGGUUUCCGAUGCAUAUACAUUAUGUAAAAUAUUAAAUUAUGAAACAUAUACCAGUAUUAUAAAAAAUGAGUGGCACACAUUUGUGGAUGAAACUACAAAAUAUCACGAGAAACACUGGGUUGAUUCAAUAAUAAAAAAAUUUAAAUCACCCGAGAAUGAUCCAAAGAAUACUAAAUUUACCAAGAGUAAAAAGGAAAAUAAUUACAAAUUAAUUAAACAUAUUCUGUUGUUUUUAUUUAUACCACGAUGGUAUAAACGUAACCAAGAUAAAUCAAAAUUAAUUAAAAUAAUUACGAAGGAAGCUAAUGAUGACAUAUUUGAUCUCCCAAUAAUCGAGUACAUAAUUAAUGAUUUUUGGUCGAGUGCAAACAGUUACUAUAAAUUUAAGGAAACAUAUACAAAUCCAUUGACAAACGAAAUACAUAAUGUUGAACUCGAGUCCAUUAUAGAUUUUACAGAUCCAACAGAUAAUCCAUUUUCCACUUUUCCCACUUCAUUAAUCGCUACAUAUUUUUGGACUAAUGGUAAUUUUGUUCAAAUGGAUAAGUUUAAUUCUUGGUCCGUAUAUAUAUUCACUAUUAUUGCAAGCAUUUUGCUUACAUUAAUUUUGCAAAAUAUGCUGAUCGCUAUUAUGGGUAAUAUUUAUGAAGGUGCAGCAGCUAAAAGUAAACAAGCUGUAUUAAAAUAUAAAGCAAUACAAAUAUCAGAUUAUGAUGAUUUACAACAUCGCUUUGAUUUUUGGCGCCAAGUUCCGACAUUUGUUCCUUCUAAAAAACGUAUUAGAAAUUUUAAAAAUGCUGUCUAUCUUGAUGAACAUAUUGCAGGGUUCGCUAAUGAACUAGAUUACGAUAAAAAAUCAAUUUGGAAAUUUGAUAAUGAGGGAUAA